AUGGAUAAGUCCGUUCUCCCACCAAACUGGGAAGAAGCUAAAGACAAGAGUGGGAAAGUUUACUAUAUAAACAAGGCAACUAACUCUCAUUUUCCAGAAAAAGUAAAUAUCGCAAUAUUGAAUAAAUUCGUAUUUAUAAUGUGUUUAAUAUAUAAUUUAUGAUCAAAAUAAAAAAUCUUAAUUGGUUUCAUGAAGAAGGAGUAACAUGACUUCAUGGGAGAGACCAUCAAUUGACGACAUCAAAGAAGCAGAAGAUUUGAGUCCUCCAAAUCGACUUUCAGACCCAAUAAGGAAGUGCUUAUCCUGCCUCAAGCCUCAGUUCGACAUUGACACCGAGGACAUAAAAACACGAGUCUUAAAAGCAUUCAAUCCGACUUAUUCCAAAUUUAUUGAACUAAUUGAGUACAGGACAGAUUUAUAUGGACCAUUUUGGAUAUAUACAACGCUCAUUGUUCUACUGGCUUCUGCAAGCAAUUUUUCAUUAGCCAUAGGAGGAGAGACCAAGAACAACCUUGAGUUCAUCACUGGAGCCUGCACUUUUAUCUAUCUCAUCGGAUUUCUAGCACCUCUCUUGAUAUGGGGAUUAUUGAAAUACUCUGGAAGCCAAAUCAAGUACUUGCAAGUCCUAUGCCUUUAUGGUUACUCAUUGGUGGUUUACGUCCCUUCAGCAAUGCUCUGCAUUAUUCCUGUCAGUUUCUUGAGGUGGGUAUUUGUUCUAUAUUCUAUGGUCUCUUCAGCAUGAUUCUUAGUCGUGAACCUCAAGCAAGAAAUGGAAAGCUACACUGAGCUCAAACAGAAAUACUCACUUCCCAUUCCAUAAUUGAUUAAAAAAAAUUUGUUCGCUCAAAAGAGAGCAGAUUUUUUUUUUUUAAUUUUUUUCGAAGCAAAAAUUUAUUAAUUUUUUGAAAUUUAUGUUGUUUAAAAUUCAACAGAAUAAGCUAGAGGUUUCAUUAUAUAAUUAUCUCUUAUAUACUAAAAUAUUUUUUCAUAAAAAUUUUGUUUGUUCAAGAAAUUUUUUUUCCUAAAAAUAGGAUUAAUCUAUUUUUUUUGCUCAUGAAGGGGUCAGUGCUCGGCUUAAUAGGAGUUCUCCAGCUUGUUCUUGGUCUUACUUUCAAAAUGUACUUCUUCGGGUACAUCUACAGUGAAUCUUAA